AUGAAGAAAAGCGAUGAUGACGACGACGACAACAACGAGAGUUGUUACACGGACUACGAGACUGAUGGUUUUUGGAGUUCAGAGAAAACUCUAAUGGAAUCCGUACAGGGAAAAGGGGCCGCGAACGCAUCGACGACCACCCGGAGGAAGAAGAAGAAGAAGAAGGUCAGGGACCGAGGAGAUGGUAAGAAGUUGAACGUGGCCGGAACAGGCCUGAGACACCAGUGGCGAUGUUUCCUGCAGGAGAAUGACGACGAGUGGCGAAAGUUCUGGAAUGCCGGACGCAAAUGCUUUAUCAACACGGUGAUAUUGGUGGUCAUGUGCGGCGUGGGAGGUAUGGUGUUCCGUUACACCGAAGGAGCUUUCGAGUCGUUCUACAAGUGCGGCGUGAAGAGGGUGAAGCGCGACUUCUUGGACGGGCUGUGGACGGACAGCCGGAGGAUGGGCGCAGACGAAUGGAAACAGACGGCCCGCCGGAAACUGGUAGAGUUCGAGGAGCAGCUGCACGACGCCUUCGAGGCGGGCACGACCACGUACAGCGGCCGCAGCUCGUGGAGCUUCGUCAACUCGGCCAUUUACUGUUUCACCGUGGUCACGACCAUAGGUUACGGUCAUAUAUCUCCGUCGACGAAUACUGGUCGGCUGAUUACCAUUGUGUACGCAAUAUUUGGCAUACCGAUAUUCCUUAUUUUGUUAGCCGAUUUCGGAAAAAUGUUCACCAGAGGCAUUAAAUUUCUCUGGGCGUUCGUCCGGCGUCUAUACUACACCGGCAGCUGUCGAAAAGUUCGCAGAACUGCGCCAGUUCAAGAGGUCAUGAAAGGCGUACAGAUGAUGUACGACAUUACCAAGUUCCGGAGGCCAAGCAACAUGUUCGGUGGGGUUCCGGACAGUCAAUCCGGAUUUCCUCCCACGUCCCCUAGCACGCCGGCCCUCAGCGUGUACACAAUCGACGACGAGUUCAACCUACCCGUUUCGGUUGCGUUCAUGAUGCUGGUAGUAUACAUCGUAAUUGGAGCAAUCAUGUUUUGUUUCGAGGAAGGAUGGGGAUUUUUUGAAUCCUUCUAUUUCGUCUUCAUAUCCAUGUCGACGAUCGGAUUCGGAGAUUUCGUGCCCAAGAACCAACUCGUGAUGAUUGUGUCUAUCGUAUACUUGGUUUUCGGACUCGCACUGACGUCUAUGUGCAUCAAUGUAGUACAGGAAAAGUUGCAGAAUUCGUUUAGACAAGCGACGACUAAAAUAAGUGCAACAAUUGGUCUCGGGUUACCACGAGUAGACAAUAACGAGCCGGCGCCUAUCGUGGUGGACGACAUGAUAACCAUCGACGCGGACAUGACAACAAUCGAUACGGACGCAGUUACAGAUAACGACGACGACUGA